UACGACGACGAUGCGUUCCAAAGUCAACAAAUAAAGCCUUCUGCGCGUUACUGAUGAAUUGCGUGACAUAAAUUUUGGCGGGAAAACUACCGUGUCUGAUCUUGCCCGAUGACGUCAUUACACCCAGGAUUCAAGAUGGCGGCAAAGGACGCAGUGGCAAUUAUACUUGACAUUGGGCCAUCCAUGUCCAGUGCGCCCCCUGGCCAUGAAACCUCCCUGGAGCUGUCAAUCAAAGCUAUCAACAUGAUCAUUCAGCGCAAGAUGUUUGCAAAUGCAAAAGAUGAAUUCUCACUUAUUCUUUUUGGAACUGAAGAGACUUCCAACAGGCUUAAUGAAGAGUGUGGAGGCUAUGAGAACAUAAGCGUCGUCAAGGAUCUUGCCCCCCCUGACCUGGAGAUGCUAAGGUUCAUUCAUGGCGGAAUCACACCUGGGUCUGAAGAAACAGAUUUCAUUGAUGCAGUUGUAGUUGCAAUGGACUUACUCAGGGAAAAGACCAGGGGAAAGAAGUGUGAUAAAAAGAUCUACUUGUUCACGGAUUUGGGUUCACCGUUUGGCAAUGACCAGUUGGAUAAGAUUGUCGAUGGGCUAAUAGAACUAGACGCUCAGUUUGUUCUUGUAGGGCCAGAUCUGUUCGCUGCUGCUGAUGAUGAUGCAAAAGAAGGUGAUGAUGCCGGGGAAGGUACGUCUGACGGUAGGAGGGAUGGGAAUAGCAGACAAGACGGUCACAGGAAACAGAAGACAGCACAGCAGAUUGCUGGUGAAAAAUGCGUCCAACAACUUCUCGAGGCCGUGGAUGGGUCUACCUACUCAUUCAGCGAUGCGCUCCCAAUCCUAAGCUUCUUUGAAACGAGAGCUAUUAAACAAACAACGGUGUUCAGAGGUCCACUGGAGAUUGGGUCUUCACUCAAAAUAAACGUCCAUGGAUAUAACAGAGUACGAGAAGAGAAGUUAGCAUCCUGGAAGAAGUUAUCCGCCAUAGCGCAGGCAUCGCCCAACUCCGAUUCUAUGGAAGUGACAAUGGAACGAACUUACCAUCGCAAUGACGAAGAUCAGACAGAGAUCGAAAAGGAGAAUGUCGCACAAGGGUACCGCUACGGCAAGACGAUAGUGCCUUUAACAAAGAUUGACAAGGAAGGCAUGAAACUAGAAACGGAGAAGUGCCUAUCUGUCCUUGGAUUCAGUCACAAGGAUAACAUCAAAAGACAUCACUACAUCGGCGAAAAUGUUACCGCCUUCACAGCUCAGCCUGAAGACGAGCAUGCCUCUAUAGCGUUAUCAGCGUUCAUCAACGCUAUGCACCGAUCAGAUACUGUGGCUAUUGUCAGGUACUGCUUCCGAAAGAACGCAGCGCCAAAGCUAGGAUUCCUUUCUCCCCACAUCAAGGAAGAAUACGAGUGUUUGUUGUUCACGGCUUUUCCUUUCGCGGAAGACUUGCGGCAUUUCUCAUUCGCUUCCCUUGAUGGUAACAAGAAACUCCAGCCAACAGAAGACCAACUUCGUGCUAUAGAUGAUUUGAUCACCGUCAUGGAUUUGAGUAAAGCGCAGAGGGAUGAGUAUGGUGAAGCAACAGAAGCGCUAAAACCCAAGUGCACCUUUAAUCCGACCAGACAGAGGGUCUUCCAGUGUAUCCAGCACCGAGCUCUUCACCCUAACGACCCAUCGCUUCCCAGUUUAGAACCUGUUAUUGCAAGUUAUCUCGAACCAAGUGCCGAGUUUCUGUCAGUGCGCGAACCACAGUGCCUACGAGUGAAGGAUUAUUUCCCACUCGAAAAAGUUGAGCGCAAAAAGGCAAAGGAGUCAGCAGCAGAGAUCUUUAAAUCCAAUGUUGACCAACAUAAACUCGACGAGCCUGCUCAGAAGCGAGCUUGGCUGGAGCCUGGUGACGAGGUGGACUUCAGCAUGGCCGGGCUAGCCAAGGGGACUGUAACCGAGGUUGGAACAGUCGAUCCCGUGUCUGAUUUCUUGACGAUAAUCGGUCGCGUAGGCGCCAAUAGAUUUAACGAAGCCGCGGAUCAGAUGAAGAGCCGAAUUUUGCAACUGGUCAUGGACUCUUUCGGUGAUCAACUCUUUGCGAAGGCUUUGUCAUGCGUCACCACCCUCAGAAACGAGGCGAUAAAGGCGAAUAAAGCCAAUAUGUUCAACGACUUCUUGAGAGAUUUAAAGAGCAGAAUCCUAAAUCAAAGAGGACAUGCCUUCUGGCUUCUUCUCACCAAAGAGCGUGUGACACUCAUUAAUGAUGCAGAGUCCGGUGAAAGCGUUGUAUCGGAGGCACAAGCACAGGAGUUCUUGGAGAAAAAAGGAACUGUUAAAGAAGAGAAACCGGUCCAAGAAGAAGAGUUGGAUGAUGACGACUUGCUGGCUAUGAUGGAGUGACGGUUUCAAUUGCCUAAAGUCCCGUUUGUCCUGCUGGUUCCUUUGUUAAGCUGAUACCUCCCUAAGGGCCGAAGAGUUGGUCAAUCUGAAACCGUUACUUUUUUCCUUUUAGUAAGCGACCACCUCUAUUAAGCGGCCAUUACUCAAAAUCAAUAAAUAUGGUCGGUCAAACACUGUUCUUUAAACCUCUUUUAAGCGGCCAACUCCAAUGUACUGCCGCAGCCAGCAUUCCCGAGUCCAAUAAAUGUAUUAUUCACCGUUGCCAGAGCAUGUCAUUGUUUGAUCCAUCAAGAUAAUAAUAAAAGUGGCAAUUGUGGAAGGAUACUUUAUAGAACGACAUAAGUCACUCACAGAUUUAUUCACUUUGGCGAGCUAGUUAUAUGCUAUGUAAUGUUUGAAUAGGAGAAAUCCUAUUCAAAUAGCUGUCUCCAUUUGACAUGCCAUAACACAAAAGCGAAGGGGUUGUUUCAAAGAUGAAGAAUAAAAACAAGUUUAUUGAUUUUA